CGUCUAUUACCACUGCACCCACACCACCUGCUUUCGACCAUUCUUCCCCAAAUUUGAAGACACGCAUCCACAUCUACACAACCCACAACACAAUCAAAAUCCCAAAUCUUGAUUCUUGCAAUCACAACUAAACUACUACUGAAUCCAUCAAAACUCCACUAUACUGUCCUGUCCACAUAAUCGUUGAUCUAGGGCACCCUUUUGCUGAUUAAGCUGCUGAUUGAAGUUUGAAGUCGAUAUCUCGAUUCUUGGAUCUGAUUAUCGAAUUUCUUGAUUUUCAGUUCACUUGAUCUUUGAAAUGGGUUUGAGAUUUGUAAGUUAGUUUGCUUGUUUUUUAUUAGUGCAAUUUCGAAAAGAGAAGAGAAGAUUACCAACAAAAUGUCUUGGAAGAACAGAGAGUCGAAUUCAAGAAACGUGAUGUCAAGAAAGUUGACCCUUUUCCUGUGUGCCGGUUGUUUCUUCGCCGGAAUGCUCUUCACCGACAGAAUGUGGACCGAGCCUGAAGCGAAAGGUCUAUCGAGACCUACAGGAACCGAAGAUGAACGGCUUCAAGUUGUUGCAGAUGGUUGUGACACAAGAUUAAAGGAUGUAAGGCGAGAUUCGAAAGAUAUAAUCCGUGAAGUCUCGAAAACACAUAAUGCCGUCCAAACGUUAGAUAAAACGAUUUCGAGCUUGGAGAUGGAACUAGCUGCUGCUAGAGCUAUGCAAGAUUCUAUCCUUACCGGAUCCCCCAUAUCCGAUGAUCUGUUGCUACCAGAGCCAAUCAAGAAACGAAAAUAUCUAAUGGUUGUAGGCAUUAAUACGGCUUUUAGCAGCCGAAAAAGAAGGGAUUCCGUCCGUUCUACUUGGAUGCCUCAAGGUGAUAAACUGAGGAAGUUGGAGGAAGAGAAGGGUAUCGUUAUGCGAUUUGUUAUAGGUCACGGUGCUACAUCUGGUGGUAUACUCGAUAGAGCUAUCGAAGCAGAAGACAGAAAGCAUGGAGAUUUCUUGAGGCUGGAACAUAUCGAGGGGUACCUCGAAUUGUCAGCGAAGACAAAGACGUAUUUUACGACCGCUGUUGCGAUGUGGGAUGCAGAUUUCUACGUUAAGGUUGAUGACGAUGUACACGUGAAUAUAGGUACACUAGGAGCAACGUUAGCUAAACAUCGAGCAAAUCCACGUGUAUACAUUGGAUGCAUGAAGUCAGGUCCCGUGCUUGCUCACAAAGGAGUGAGAUAUCACGAACCUGAACACUGGAAGUUCGGUGAGGAAGGUAACAAGUAUUUCCGACAUGCUACUGGACAACUCUACGCCAUCUCGAAAGAUUUAGCUACUUAUAUCUCAAUAAACCAGAACGUGCUACACAAAUACGUGAACGAGGAUGUAUCGCUAGGAUCGUGGUUUAUCGGACUAGAUGUGGAGCAUAUCGAUGAUCGAAGGCUAUGUUGUGGGACCCCACCUGAUUGCGAGUGGAAGGCUCAAGCAGGCAACAUAUGUGUGGCGUCUUUCGACUGGAGCUGUAGCGGGAUUUGCAGGUCGGCUGAACGAAUAAAGGAGGUUCACCGGCGAUGUGGAGAAGGGGAAGAUAGUCUAUGGAAUGCAUCUUUCUGAUUAUGUCUGUACAGCAGAUCUACAGAAGCCAUCAAAUUCUUGAAGAAUCAUCCUUAAAAGAAAACGAUGAAUUUGAUUGAUGGUAGGAUGAAUGAAUGAAGGCAAAAGGUGAAGGUGAAGGUGAAGGUGAAGGUGCUACUCUAUUUUAGGUGAAGAGGAGUACCACCAAUUGUUUUUGUGUGAGAAAAUAGGGUGAUUUCUGUAGAUGGUAAAUAUUGUUUUUGAACAAUAAGAAGCGCUUCAUACAAACCAAACCAAACCAAACCACAAGAUGUUUUCCAUCCUUCAAUAAACAAGUUUAUAUAAUCCUUUGAACAUGUUUUAAUUUGCAUAUUUCUUUGGUUGAUA